UCAACACAUGUAGCCAUCUAUGCGAUUAUAUCCGCCAAACUCUCUCAGAUAUCUGAGACACCGCAAACACAGAUAAGACACCAAUGUGCAGGGGGCUUCAGCCACCCACUCACCCACCCACUCACCAGUAAUUGCCUGAUCGUCUGCGGGGGUCAGGCACGCCGCGGCAGCGGCGCACUGGACGCCCCUGCAAACACGCACGUCGCCACACAACACACACCACAUCCAUCCGUCCAUCUGUGAGUCGAUGCAUCAGUCUGUCUGUCUGCGUGAUAUGCACACAGACCUGCCGCGGCCUCAUUGUUAGAUGAAGUCGUCAUCGGCGUUGUCGACGACCUCGUCGAAGUCCUGGAAGUCCACCUUGUACCGCAGAAUGCCGCCCAGACCGCCGAACCCCUUGACAAACUGAGAACCCUCCUGAGACCUGAUCAUAAAAUGGACAGACAGACAAACGGAGAGAUGGAUGGAUGGAUGGACAGAUGCACCAGCUACAUCUGCCAUCCACAUGUGUGUGCACGUGCAGGUAGCGUACCGAUCUGUGACGAAUUCGAGUGCGGCGCCGUAAGUCUUGUAGUUGUUGACGAGCCACUCGGUGAAGGCCAUCUUGUCGACGACCUCGAACUCGACGCCCGUCUCGGGGUCGCGGAAGAGCUUCUCGUCCUUCUCCUGGUCCGGGCGCAGAUGCAGUAUCGUCUCCUUGUCCUCACCGGGCUUCUUCAAAAUUAUCCUGACGCGAUGAAGAUCGACACACAUCAUCAUCACCACACACAUGAGUGGACGGGCAUCAUGGCCAUACAUGGCAACCCAACUCACCUCUGUAUGUCGAGGUUCUCCCAGACGAUGAGCAGCUCGACGGCGCCCAUCUCGAGGGCCUGGAGGGUCUCGUCGAGUCCGAAGCAGUACUUGCCGGUGUCCUGCGCCACCUCCUCGAAGAAACGCGUUAUCGUCUUCUUCUCCUGGAUGAACUUGACAUUCGCCAGCCUGCGUUGGCGGUGCCGCACACACACAGACAGGGCGUGGAGGUCAGGGGCUUCUGUGUGGCCGGGCCGUGUUAGGGGGAGGGAGGGAGGGAGGGAGGGAGGGAGAAGCUUACGAUUCUGCCGAGAGCUCGAUGGCCUGGUUGAAGCCGUUGUCGCCUCCGUAGGAGACGUCGACGAUCUUGAUGAUCUUGGCCUGCAGCCGCUGGUCGAACAUGUCGCUCUGACUCAACUCAGUCUUGAAAUCAGCACUCCCAGCCAUCACUAUACCCGUCACGUUCACCUGGCCCCACACACAGACAUGCGUGAAGGUGGGAGUGCUGCUGCUGCUGCGUGCUGAUUGUGCGGCGUGCGUACCUUGUCCUGUGUGAUAAACAUGGAGACGGCGGUCUCUGCGACCUUCCUGACGUAGUUGUGCCUCUUCUCCAGCCGCAGCCUCGCGAACCGCAUCGCUGACUGACCGCCGCGGCCGUGCUUCUUGGGCAAGUCCACCUGGAACCGAUGCAGCACCUGGUAGGGUAGAUGGACACACCACAUGACAUGGGCACCAGUGAAUGUGUUUGCAUCUGUGGUGUGUGUGGUGUGUGGCUGGGGUGCGCGUAGCUACCUCUCUGUUGUUGCCCUGCACGGCACCGAAGAGGGCGCCGUUACCGUCCAUGACGAUGAAGCCGAACUUGUCGUCACUCUCAAGCAGCUCGUGAAGCGCCUGUGUGUGUGUGACACACAUCCCCCAACUGCGUAUUUGCCUCUGUGUCUGCGGUGUGUGUGUGUUCGCAGGCACGCACCUCUGUGUGGAAUUUGUUGUCGCAUAGGUAGAGUGAGGUGUUGAUGGGCUUGAAGGGCAUGAAGUCGAUGUUGACCUUCUUCUCCUUGUUGUCCUCCGUUAUCACCGUGCCGCAGUACACCACCAACCCGUUGUCCGGCGUCUUGUUGUACAGCUUCAAGCCUACACAACACAACACAACACAAGACACCAUCAAUGCAGCCCAGCCGUGUCGCUGUGUGUCAUGUCGGUGGUGCGCUUGUCAUUACGCUGCUGUGUGGAGGUGAUGGCGCUGAGGACUGAGAGGCGGUUGACCCGCGACUUGAUGUUGGAUGCCGUGCCGUACUCCUCAGCCAGCAUCUUGUUGACACGCGAGAUCUGAUCCUUCGGGGGGAUGAUCAGAGAGAUCAUCGACGUGCCGUUCCUGACCACACACACACACACAACACGAGCAGGCCAUGAGGACAGAAAUGUACCAGAGAAGGAGAAAGAAGCUACAGAGCUGACUGUCCUGUCUUCGCCUGUCUGCCUUCAUAUCGUCGCUCCGCUCGUGUGUGUCCUUCCCUCCCUUCCACUCUGCCUCCUGUCUGUGAGUGUCCCCGUCCUGGCUGUGUGUCAGAAGUUGUGUGUGUCGUGCCUCCCUCCCUCCCUCCCUGCCUGCCGCUGUCGCUCACCCCCUGGCGUUGUCGAGAGACUUGAUCAGCCGCCUGAUCUUCCAUUGCUCGAUACUCUUGUCAGCGUCGUCCGACAU